GUAUUGAUGUCAGUAAACAUCAGAUAGAUGCUGCAAAAUAUCAAGAAACAUGCAACAAUGUGUCGUACAUGGUAGGAGAUGCAGAAGACACUGGCUUACCGCCACUCUCUGUUGAUCUUGUCGUGUGUAGUCAGGCUGCUCAUUGGUUUGACCUUGACAAAUUUUUUGCGGAGGUCGAUCGAAUUCUGAAGCCUAAUGGUGUGUUGGCAUUGAGUACUUACCAAGCCACACCCAUCGCAUCAUACAGAGAUGAGGGGACAUCAGAAAAACUCAACAAAAUUUUGAAGAAGCACAGGUUAAUCACACUCGCAAAGUACUGGGACAGUCGGCGGUCAUGGGUUGAGAAUGGUUACGCUGAUAUACACAUCCCAUACAAAGAGACAUUGGAAAUUAGGUAA